CAGAAGCUGCGGCGCGACCUGGAGGAGGCAACGCUGCAGCACGAGGCCACGGCCGCUGCCCUGCGCAAGAAGCACGCCGACAGCGUGGCUGAGCUGAGCGAGCAGCUCGACAACCUGCAGCGCGUCAAGCAGAAGCUGGAGAAGGAGAAGAGCGAGCUGAAGCUGGAGCUGGAUGAUGUCAGCUCCAACAUGGAGCAGCUCAUCAAGGCCAAGGCCAACCUGGAGAAGAUGUGCCGCACCACGGAGGACCAGAUGAACGAGCACCGCAGCAAAUCAGAGGAGGCCCAACGCAUGGUUGCUGACCUCAGCACUCAGCGAGCCAAGCUCCAGACGGAGAAUGGUGAGCUCUCAAGGCAGCUGGAGGAGAAGGAAGCCUUCAUCAACCAGCUGAUGCGUGGGAAACUCACCUACACCCAGCAGCUGGAGGACCUGAAGAGGCAGUUGGAGGAGGAAGCCAAGGUAUGAAAGGCUUUGGAGGCCUGG